UUUCGUCCGUGUCGGCGCCGCGUCUCAAGGUUUCGUCCGCGCCGGACUAUUAACGAUGUCAAGGCGUUUAUCUUGAUUAACAAUGUUCGACAGUGAAACCGCAGAAUGCGAGCGUUGUCGUGACGCGUUUUGAGGCUCAGUUUUUUUUCGCAACGGGACGAGACUUUACGAGACUGUUGCUGUCGUCGCUGUCGACCGCGAGGCCACCAUCUUUCCCAGCAGUGUCCAGCAGACGACGCACGAAGUACCAUCGGAGUAUCGGACUGUCAACGUGCAAACAUGGCGUCCGCAACGGUACCUUUAUUGAUGGAUGACGACACGAUUGCUUUUGGAGAGGAGGAGGAGGCCCAGAAUUCCAACAAGCUUAAACAUCCAUAUGUUACGCUGUUUCACUUGGCCUUCCGGAUAGCGGCUAUAAUAGUUUAUUUGUUUUGCGGCUUGUUUUCAAAUAGUUUUAUAGCAAGUUUUGUAACAGUGGUACUACUUUUAUCGAUGGAUUUUUGGACCGUUAAAAAUAUUACAGGAAGAUUAAUGGUUGGCCUUAGAUGGUGGAAUUAUGUGGAUGACGAUGGCAAAAGUCAUUGGAUUUUUGAAUCUAAAAAGGGUGCACAACAGAACCGCAUUAAUGCAACCGAGGCGCGAAUCUUUUGGUUAGCCCUGAUUUUGUGUCCAUUUUUUUGGUCAAUGUUAUUUAUUGCAGCGUUAUUUGGUUUUAAAUUCAAAUGGCUUUUGCUCGUUUGCAUUGCCAUAGUUUUAAACGGUGCAAAUCUAUAUGGCUACAUCAAAUGUAAAAUGGGAAAUGAUCAAAAUAUUUCAACGGUCACAAGUGAUUUCAUCAGGAAACAAGUUUUUCAAAAUGUUACAUCAAUAAUGACCAGGAGCCCACCAACGAAUAAUUCCAAUCAACCAACUAAUGUUAUAUAAAUUAUGAAACAUUGAUAUAUGUAUG